AUGACUGAUCGAAAUGAUGCUUUAAAGAACAUAUAUGAUUUUCCAACACUUGCGUCUAUUGAGCGCUUUCCGUUGCCAUUAAUGGAUUUCAUAUUGUCUCUCGACGAGAUUUUACCACUCAAUUUACCCAAUCGAUUAGACCACCUAGUCAAAAUUGUAAAACAAUCUUUUGAAGUUGACAUUGAACCCCACCGCAUGUUCGACAUGUUAUCUGUUCUGAAACAGCCAGUUAUGGGCGGAAAAAAUCUCUUGCAUCACAACAAAAAUCUCGAAUAUGAGUUAGGCAAAUACGCAUCAAAUGUGCAAAAUUUAUGCGCACUUCCAAGAUCAACAUCUUUUUGUACAAAAUUUGUUUUGCAGCCGAGCUCGGAUCGAUGUCCACAAUGUAACAGAUCUCUUUCUUCUUGGUCGAAAUUUCGAACAGUCACACUCUAUUUAGCGAACGGAAAUUCGAAAAAAGCGACUGUCGUCAACUAUGUUUGUAAAUCCAAUCAAUGCUCACUGGAAAUUUUUCCGAAUUUUAUUGUAAAUGUAUCAAAAAAUGAAUCAUAUUGCUUUACCAACAAAGAAUUGAUGUCUAGUUCGAAUUACAUAUACCUGGGUGGUCAAACAGCAUUUGAAUCGUUGGUGUUUCACCAGUAUUCUGGCUUAUUAAGCAAUGGACAUGUCGCAUUCGACUCAUUUGCACGAGCGUUUAAUCAAUUGAGCGAUGAUGAACGUUUACCACUCGACAGAAGAUUAUUUGAACGAAUCUUUAUUAUUUAUGAAUUGAUUGAAUUCCAAUUAUUUAUGGGAACCGGAGAAAAAUUCAUGAAUCAGUGCUCGGCUUUUUUUCCACGCAACAUUUUUACAGAAAUCGACGAUUUCAUCAUGGUUAAUUAUGAUCGUUUUUAUAAAAACUUCAUGGAAUUUUGGUCGUUACAUAGUACAUUUCAUCCUUGCAAGUUAAGUGCACAAGACUCGAACAAUGAAGAUUUAUGUUCCGCAGCUAUUAUCUGUGAUGGGCAUAUGAAAAUCCGUCGACGUCUAUGUGCAAAUACAAAUGUUCCAUUAUCUGUACCUGCUCAUUUUAUUGAUAUAUUCAAACCAUUAAUAGUUGGGUGUAGUCACACACCAUGUAUGAAUGAAGCAUUGUGUAGCCAAUGUAAAAACAACAAUGUGAUUUUACAAAAAUCGACGUCACGUGCUGCUAACAAAAGACGGGAAGUUAUCAAUCAGCGAUCAAAACCUCUGGAAAGCAAUCAUAAAAAUGAAAUGGCGGAACUUACAUGCAAUGUACACAAGGAAGACAUUAUGAUCGAUGAUUCAAUACGAGCUUGUGGGAUACUUGUGCUAGCAACCAAUUGUCAAGUCAUUGUAGGUUUUGAAGAAAUAUUAAGAUCUGAAUCUCGCAAACAAAUCAUACAAGCUAUAUCAAAUUUAUAUACCAUUGCCCCAAUGUUAACAAGAAUUUUCAUAUAUGAUUCUGGUUGCUUGUUAGCAAAAUCUGUUCGAGCUACUUUAGCUAAUGAAUCAGUAUCAAACAAAUGUAACACUUAUCCUGGCAUCAAAGCUCUAACAGAAAUUCGAUUCUUUGUUGAUCGCUUCCACCUAUCAAAUCACCGCGAUCUUCAAAAUACAAACGCGUUUGAUGCAUCAACGUUACCAGCACCGAAUCCCAAAGUACUUCAACUACCAAAAAAGCUUCGUAAUACUUGA